AUGUCUGUAAGCCCGGGCUCGUUGUCCGCAGACGAGCCAAAAGCGGAAAGACAUGAGGCGGAACUUUCACACGAAGCACCGGAGUGGAGCUACGACACACAGGUCCCAGUGAAGACGUUCAGAGCUCACACAGACUCGGUCACAGCCGCUCGCUUCUGCCUCAGUGACACACACUUCGUGAGCUGCUCCUCCGAUUGCACCACUCGCCUCUGGGAGGUAGAGACCUGUCGACCGGUCAGAGACUUCACUGGAGGCCAUGAAAGAACCAUAACGGAGUGUGCUAUGAUCCCAGACACCAACAGGAUGGUCACAGUCUCCUGGGAUAAGAAGAUGGUGUCCUGGGACAUGGAGACAGGACAGAUGCUGUGGAAGUGUCGUCAGCCCGGCCUCCUCACCUCUUGCUCCUCCUCGGCUGAUGGGAGACUCCUGGUUUGUGCCUCUGUUCCUCAGAACGGUGUUUACAUCAGUGACGCCGCCAGUGGUCAGACCGUGCACCACAUCAACGGUUAUCAUAAAACCACAAUCUCUCGCUGUCGGUUUGAUCCUGAGAGCAAACGCAUCGUCAGUGUCUCUGCCGACCGCUGCAUCAAACUGUGGGAUCUGCACAGCCACAAGACCACUGUGUCCAUCGACAGUAAUCACUCCAACGCCAUCUCAGACUGCUGCUUCACCUCAAACGGUCACUUCUUGUGCACUGCAUCAUGGGACAAGACCCUGAAGCUGUGGGACCUGCAGUCAGGAGGUUUUAGGAGCCAUGGGGGGACGUCUCUUCAGAGAGGACACGAGGGCAGCGUCAGCUCCUGUCGCUUCUCCAACGACGGUGCCCUCCUUGUGUCCGGUUCAUUUGAUAAAACAGUGUCUCUGUGGGACAUGACCUCCCUCAGUCAGACCCUCUCACUGAAGGGCCACAGUGAUUGGGUGACAGAUGUGUGUAUCAGCGUUGACAGGAAGCUGGUUAUCUCGGCCUCAAAGGACCACACCAUCCGGAUGUGGGACAUUGAAAACAUUGAUGAAAUCCCGGCUGUGAUGGAGCAGAAAAAAACCCAGGGGAUAGGAGUUCACAUACUCAAAUGUGAGGAGUGCGGUAAACCUUUCCCUGUGUCCAGACUGCAGACUUCAGAGCUCCUCACCAAAUGUGUUUUUUGUCGCCUCAAAUCUCCGCCAAGAUACCGACCCCAGCCCCCUCCUCUAAUGCCCCUGUGA